GAACUCCAGUCGUGCGUCGGAGCUGACACACACACACUUUUUUUUUUCAUCACAAUCAUUUUGCUCUUACUUUGUUUACUCAUUCGCCAAACUAGCUCGAUAGCUAUCUGCCAGUGAUAAAUUUCAUAAGGCAAUCCAGUGUCCACUCAGUUAACCUAGUUAAAAUGUCGCAAUCUUUCUUCCCUCUGUAUAAUCGAGGCCUAAAUGCGUGUUGUCACAGGCAGUGUUAUUGGUUGAAAAAAUCAUUCUGUUACAACUGUCAACAGUUCUGAAUGCGAUGAGAAAAUUAUAACAAUUGAUGAAUCGACGAUGAGCAGUUACUCGGCAAAAAUGAAGAGAAUUAGAGCAAAAUCGAAAUGUCCAAAUCCUCUUUUUGAAAAGUGGCUUGAGGAGUGGAAAGAGGAUGCAGCAUCACAGGGUUCACAGAUGCAGUAUUGUUUUAUAAAGGCUUUGUCUUCUCUAAGAAAAUGUCCGCUACGUUUAGAGACAGGCAGAGAUUGUAAAAUACUACAGUAUUUUGGGGAUAAACUAUGCAUUAUGUUGGACAAAAAAUUGACCGAAUACAAAACUAAGGGCUUGUGUACAGCUGCUAACAGCAUAAAGCCAGCCAAUCAGUUCCAAGAUCCAAAUGACUGUGAUGUGAACAAUACUGACGAUUAUCUAGGACAUAGAGCACGGCAAACUCCGAAUAAAAGAGAAAAAAAAACCAACGGCGGUGAACCACAACCAGCAAAAAAAACAAGAAAACUAAAGGACAAUAGUGACACAGCUCGGGCUAUAGAAAAUGGAGUGAAAACUAAUUCUAAGAACAAUUCCUACAUACCUGCGUGGAGAUCUGGAGGAUAUGCAAUACUGUUAACAUUUUAUGAAAAGAUGCAGAAUCCAGAUUUCAUAGGAUAUAUGAACAAGGCUGAUCUUCAGGCCGCUGCUCAACGUUACUGUGAUAAUUCUUUAAGUAAACCAGAACCUGGUAGCUACUAUUCCGCGUGGGCCUCUAUGACUACUUUAAUACAAAAAGGGCUCGUCAUUAAAAGCAGCAACCCUGCAAAAUACCGUCUAACAGAUGAUGGGUACACAGCAGCAGUUCAGCUGUCCGAAAUUGACGAAAACCAUCCUGCUUUUAACAACCCGUUUCCAUGUUCAAGUGCAGAAAGAAAUGGCGAUGUUAGGAUCUUGUCACCUGCGAAAAGUUGUAGUUCUGCUAACUCGGAAUUGCACAGUCCAGAAGUAAACGAGCCAGUUUACGAGAUAAACUCUCGCUCAAAUUCUCCAAUUGAAAUCGAAAAUCGAAGAAAUGAAGUUGCGUGCAGCAGUGCUGUAAGCUUGGCUAGGGAAUUGGACGUUUAUUCUGCGGGUCAGAUAAAGGAAUCAGCUAAUUUACUGAAUAAUGGAGAAAAAUGUAAACAGGGAAGUGUGAGCUCGAGCUUUGAGACAGUCAUUCUUGCACCGAAUACUUUUGAUGUGAUUUUAUUAGUUGACGACCGCGAAAUAGCUGGUGGUAAGGUGCGACCCAAGGACGACAUAACACUCGCAGAGUUAACGAGAGCAGAAGUCAGAUUUGAAGUUCGAAAUUUAAAACUUGGGGAUUUUACUUGGAUAGCAAGAUGCAAAAGUUCUGGCUUCGAGCUGAUCUUGCCCCAUAUAGUAGAGAGAAAACGGAUGGAUGAUUUUAGUGGCAGUAUUAGGGAUGGGAGAUAUCAAGAGCAAAAGUUUAGAUUGAAGAGAUCUGGUAUUGAUAAUAUAAUUUAUCUAGUAGAGAAUCAUGGCAAUAAUCAACACUCCCUACUACCUUUGCAAACUCUGUUUCAAGCAGCGACUAACACAUUGAUUCAGGACGGAUUUGCCGUGAAGUACACUAAUAGUCAUAAAGACUCAAUGUUUUACUUGGCCUCCCUAACACUGAUGCUCAAUAAAAUUUAUCAGAAAAAAACUCUCAUCGGGUGUAACAAGGACGACCUAACGUCUUCCAAUAUACUCUCAAACGAAACACGACUUAUGUUCUUUAAAGAUUUUAACAAAGCAGUCGCCAAAGUAAAGAAUUUCAAAUUGAGCGAAAUGUUCAUCCGACAAUUGGUUCAAUUGAGAGGUAUGUCUGUCGAGAAAGCUAUGGCGAUCGUUGAGUUUUAUCCAACGCCAUUCGCGCUAAAGAAAGCCUACAACGACGCGGGUUCUAGCGGAGAAAACUUACUAGCUUCAAUACUGUUUGGAAGAACCCAACGCCAGCUAGGACCUGUGCUAAGUAGAACUAUGCAUCAAUUUUACACGAAAAAAAGUUUUUGAAAGACUUGGAAUAUAAGAGCUGUGGUUGCCUUGUGAAAAUCUUUACGAAAAUCUUUACUUGUAUAUACGAAAAGACAUUUCAAGACCAAUGUUCGAUGGUAGUUUCACUUCAGCAUUCGUUAUAUAAAACAAUUUUAUCAUGACAGAACUGUAUGGAGACUAAUUAAAAGACUUUUUUUUAUUCUUCUUCCGUUUUACCAAUAGAAAAUUAAAAUUCCAUCAAAUUUUUAUUUUCGAAAUACGUCUUUAAUUUUAUUCCCGUGAUAAAACAUGAUUUAAAGACAAGAAAAAUCAAUCUUACAUUUCUCUCUUCUCUAAUUUGUCAAAUUAUACUGUCUCUUUUUCAUUUAGCAUUUACCCAAGUCUAGAUCUCAGUUUAUUCACAGUUAUGACUGGAUCGCCAAACAAUCUAUUAAGGUUUUAUGGUUUAUCGAUUACUUUUCUCCAGUGCAAAAUAGGAAAACUGUCUUUUGUGAUACUCGAUUUCAUUAAAUCAAUCUAAUACAAAUUAAAGAUUACCGAUAUCUAUUCUCGUUAAACAUAAUGUAGGUUUAUUAACGUUGUUUAUGUACAUGAUUACUAUCUUAAGCAGGUGUAAAUGUAUAUACAUCAUUUAUAAUAUAUAAUAUUCUUACGUUGCAUAUCAUAUAUUACUAUUUAUAAAAAUACUCGAUCCUAAAUACCUAUAACAAUCAUCACGGCAAAUAAUUUUAAC